AUGAGUAUUUCUCAAGACAGUGCAGCGACUAUCGUCUGUCGCGAGGUCUUUGACGAGGCCUCACACCCUUCCAAUGAGGAGAUUAUCGAUCACGCAAAGCGUAUUGGAAUCAACCCAAUAACGGAACCACACCUCCUUGAUCUUGCGCGUGAAGGGUUGAUGGCACCCUUGCCGAAGGGCUGGACCCCUUGCUUCCACGAGAUCUUCAAGACCUGUUACUACUACGAGGCCUCGACGGGGACCACUACCUGGGAACACCCCCUUGAUGGAAAGUACAAGGAGCUCGUAAAGGCAGCAAGAGCUUCCCAAAGUCGACAGCAGAGUCUUGACGAUGACUCGAAAACAUUCGCCAAGGAGCUGGAAUCCCACGAGGAGGCAACAAUCCCCAAGGAGCCGCCCCCAUCAAAGCAUCCCCCGACGAAAAUCCCCACGAAGCUGGCACCACUCAGGAAGUCAGUGAGUGACAUGGGGAAGCGCAAGGACCACAGAAGGUCCACCAGCGAGGCCAGACUGACUGACCGCUCCGCGAGGGACUACACGAACCUCCAGUACCAGGACCCGAGGUUCUACGAGUCCCCGAAGCUGCUGAGCCCCGAGGGGGAGCUCAACUUCAGAAAAAUCGUCAAGCGCUCGGAAUCGAUGAGCCCCAGGUACGAGAAGGACUGGGAGCAGCUAUCAAGUAAGUUCAGCUCCGAGGAGAACGUCAUCGACAUCGACAAGCUCAGUGCCAGCUCUUUGAGCAAGAUUGAUGGAAAGGGUGACAGGUUCGACAAGGAGAAGCAUCCCAGCCAGAUCAUGAGUCGCCAGAAGGAGCUCACUCUUACUGGCGGCGGCUCCAUGUUUCUUAAAAGCAACAGGAGCCGUGAUAACACUCCCAGUCAUGAAGCCGCCAAGUUUGAGGAUUUUCAGAUCAACAGCCUCAGUCUCGAGAGGCCAAAGUCUAUUCUACGAGAGAAGCCGCCUGAAGAUGAUGAUCGACAUACAGAAGAAGAACGCAAAAGCGUACGCUUUGACCUAGAAAAAAACAAUUUAGACGACAUCAAAUUCACUUACUCAGGAUCUGAGGAUGAAGAUUGGAAUUCUGAAGUGUCAGAGCCGAAAUCAGAGUCCAAAGACGACGCUCUAGAUGACAAACUGGGUGCCAAGGAGCCUAAAAACAAACCAUCUAGUCCUGGAUCAAAAAUGGUUGGCAACCGUUUUCUGGUGCAGGAGGUAUCAGAGUCAGAACACUUGAGCCAGUUGAAGGAAGACUUGGAUGACCUGCCGACAAACAAGUUUACAAACAUAAAAAACAUUGACCUGUUCUCCAAAAGCGACACUGACAGCACGCCCAGGACAGGGAAGAACGAUUCCAGAUCCCUGGAAACAGAGGCUCAUCUCAAGAAACUGAGGUCGGAUCUUGAAGGGGUGAACAAAGAAAAGGAGAGGAAUAAGAGGAAAGACGACGAUGUGAAAAGUGCCAUUACAAGGAAACACGAGAGAGAAAUUCUUGGAUUGAAGAGAGAGCUUGAGGAAAGAGUUGAGAGAACGCGGAAGGAAAUGGAGGCGAGCUUUCUUGAGCAGCGCUCGCAGAUGGAGAAGCUCAUGGAGGGAAAGCUGGAGGAGUUUAAAAGUCAGCUGCUGCUGAAGGAGCAGGAGGAGAUCAAUAACUUGGUCGCUGAAAUGGACGAGACCAGGAGGAAGAAUUUGGAGAAGGUCAGAAGUGAAUUGGAGGCUUGCUAUGAGAAGGAAAGGCAGGAGAUUUUUGUCAAGUUGAAGAACGAGCUGGAUGAGAAGAAGCAGGAGAUGCUGGAGCUUAGAAAUCAUGAAAUCGAGAAGAUGGAGAAUGAGUAUGACAAGACGAUGGACGAAGAAAAGAUUCUUAAGAUGGCUGAGCAUGAUUUGGCGCAGAAGCAGAAUAUUAAGAUUGAGGAUAUGAAGAAGGACUUGGAGAAGGAAUUUGAUGAUUUGAGAAAGAAGCUCAGGGCUGAACAGAGGGAGAAGAUGACCAAGAUUACCGAAGAGCAUGAAAAGUGCUUGGCUGAAAUUUCCCGGGAUUAUCGCGUUGAGGAAAACAUGGCUCGGAAGGUCUUCAAGCAGAAGCUGGACGAAAUUAGAUCCGACCUGGCUCGGGAAAUUGAUAAGGAGACCAAAAAGAUCUCCGAUCGCGCUACUAGACAGGAUUCCGCGGAUUACGACAAAAUUAGGUGCGAGAAGCGGAUUUUGGAGGACAAGUACAAAACUUUGAAGGACAAGUACUUGAAAUUGAAGAACGACGUGCGUUUGGCGGUAGAAAAGAGGAGUAAACGCAAAGAGGGGCAUACUACAGCUUCCGAAACAGAGAAAUCGGGUUCCACUAGGACCAGGACCGAAAGAACCGAGUCUCUGACUCAAAAUAGAACAUCAUCGAAAAACGUGAGCUCAAGCUCGAAGCUGGAGGUGAACCAGAAUCAGAACCAGAACCAAAAUACCGUAGACAACUCCGAGAGCCAGCAGUCCUUUCAGAGGUUCAGUCACGGAGACUCCAGAAGUGCCAAGUUCGAGUCAGACGACACCACCACCGCCAGCGAGACCAUGAACUCGAACAUCCUCCAGAAGAAAAAGAGCCACGCGAAAAAGACUCCGACAAAGCUUCCGUUGAACAACAAUAAUAUCGCGGACAAUCCCGUGGAGAAUAUCCGGAAGCAAUUGGAGAAAUUAGAAGACCUAGGUGAUCAAUUACCUACUAAUGAAAAUGCUUAUACGUUGAGAUACCCUUUCCAAGAUAAAGUUCCCGUCAACGCUUCGUCGGAGCUCGAGUUCUUCAGACACCGGAUCCACGUCGAGAGGGACUCCGUGAAGCGCGCCAGAGAAACUUUGAGAGCACAGAAGAACAUCUUCCAGGGAGUGCAGAAGGCCUGGAAAGAACGCAGUGCUCGAGCUACUUUGGAGCAGCUCGUUCAAGAGGAACGAGAGCUUUCGGAUAUGGAGGUCAGUCUCCAUCGCACCAAGAGUCUUCUCGGUGAAAAGGUUAUUCAUCUCAAGCAUCUCGAGCAGUCAUUAGAGCGCGUUGCCAACGCUAAGAAAAACGAAAAUGAUAUCAGCCCAAUUAAGAGCGAUGAAUUGACUCUCAGUGAUAUCUCCAGCGCUAGCAGCGGAUUUUCUUCUACUGAUCUGGACAAACCCGAUUAUUAUCAAGAGUCCACGGAAAUAAUUGCGAGUCUUGAAAAUUUGAACUCAGAAAUACGGGAAAUUUGGAAUGUUCUUAAUAAGCGCAGGGGUAAUAAUGUACCACCGCCUCCUAAUUUGGUUGGUUCUGACACCAGAUGGUUUCCUUUUCAGCAUCUUACUACUCAAUCAAAUAAUAUUCAAGGUUUCGGAACUCCGAAUAUUCAAUCAAAUAUUUUGUCACAGCUGACAGCUCACCCGCCGACGACAACGCAGAAUAUAAUUGCUCAAUACGGACCAAAUAGUGGAUUCACGACGAGUGUCGGAACGGUUGACCGCGGGUCUAACUUGAUUGAGCGGACGCGAAACAUGCGAGACUGGUUGAGGCAGGCGCGUGUCGAGACCACAGAUUUAAUCAGCACCGGACAGGCCACUCUAUAA